AUGAUCUACGAGAUGCAAGCACAGGAUUACAUUUCGGAGACAGACAGUGAGGCUGAAACCGACAUCGGGCCUUUCUUGGGAGUUCCAGUGACUCCGGACUGCCACGCAUCCCGAGCGUGGCACUGUGCCUCUCCUGAAAACCAGAAUUUCCUAAUUUUCGAGGAUCCUCAGGAGGAAGGUUCUCCCUUCGUCCUCUGCCCGCUCCCUUACUUUGAUGGGGACGAGGAGAAAGAGAACACCUUUGCAACUGUGUCGGAUUACGACUCGCAGGAGGAGCGAGACCCUCCAGGCGACGCGGUUGACUGGACCCAUCUAGAAGCCCGACCCCUUGAUGCCUUUGGCCUCCCCGUGGAAACCAUGCUUCACCCUCCUCCCCUCGUCACUGCCCAGCUGGACAGCGACACGGAUCCGAUGACCACUCCCCGCGUGACAGAUACACCCAUUCGACCCGCUAUGAGAGUCAUUUUGCGAGAUGAGGAUGAGCCAGAAGAGGAGUGGGACGACUCGCUGUCCAAUGCACAAACACGAGAGCUUCAAGAGCUGAGCGAUGUCUACCACCGAGGCGCCGAGAACAGGCGACACCAUGACCAUCACCUUCCGCUGCGGGACGGACAUAUUCAGGGCCAGGCAAAUAUCUUCCUGGAGGUGCGACGGGUCACCCAUUUCCAGCGUCAUGAAAAUCGCCACCGGCGCGUUGUUGCUGUUCACGAUCACUGGGACGAAUUUUGA